AUGGCAGAAAUAAAUACUUUAGGAUGGGUCGAUUAUCUGGUUAUAGCAUCGAUGCUGUGCAUAAGUAUUGGAAUUGGUAUUUAUUAUCGAUUUAGUGGAAAACGUCAAACAUCUGUGGAGGAGUACUUUGUUGCAAGUCGAUCAAUAAGCGUUAUACCAGCCUCUAUCGCUAUGGUGGCUACCUUCAUGGGUGGUUCUGGCUUGCUUGGGUUAUCCGCUGAGACUUAUAUAUAUGGGACGCAAAUUGCUGCAAUAAUCCUGGCAUUUCUGGUAGCCACUCCGAUUAUAUGUUACGGAUUCCUACCAGUAUUCUACAAGCUACAGGCAACAAGCGCGUAUGAAUAUUUAGAAAGGCGUUUCGGAGUAAAAACUAGGAUGGUGGCUAGUUUUGUUUAUUGGCUUCAACAGCUUUUCCAUUCAGGUGUGGUGCUUUAUGCUCCUUCUCUAGCCUUGGAGACGACCACAGGAAUUUCCAGAACUAUCAGUAUUACUAUUAUUGGCCUUGUAUGUGCCUUUUAUUCGAGUAUAGGUGGUAUUAAGACUGUGAUAUUGACCGAUAUGUUUCAAAGUUUGCUUAUAUUUAUCGCCGUGUUCUUAAUUAUUGGCAUAGCUGCGAAUGACGUUGGGGGAUUGGGACAGAUUUGGGAGAUCGCGAGGCAGGGGCAACGGCUACAAUUUGAUAGUAUCGGCUUGGAUCCAACAAUAAGACAUACCUGGUGGUCUCUUUUGCUGGGUGGUGCAUGUACAUAUUUGAUACUUGUCGGGGUGAAUCAAGCACAAGUACAGCGUAUGCUAACUGUAAAAAAUAUGCAGGCUUCGCAAAGAGCCAUGUGGCUGUCUCUGCCUAUUCUGACAUUUCUCUGGCUCACGAUUUGUUUCUCAGGAUUAGCAAUAUACAGUAAAUAUUACAAUUGCGAUCCACUUCUCGAGAAAAGAAUUACUUCACCUGAUAUGGUUAUGCCAUUAUACGUUAUGGAAACGAUGUCCAACAUACCUGGCGUACCAGGCCUCUUUAUUGCAGGUAUUUUUAGCGCAAGCCUCAGUACAAUUUCUGCGGCGCUAAAUUCUCUGGCGGCAGUAACGUUGGAGGAUUAUCUGAAACCCUUAUAUAAAAAAUACAGUGGGCAUGAAUUGUCCCCUACAAAGUCAGCUUCCAUCGUUAAAGUACUCGCUUUCGUGAUUGGUAUUAUUGCCAUUGUACUGGCAUUUUUAUCACAAUUUAUGGGUAGUCUAGCUCAGACUGUAAUGACUAUCUUGGGAGUUGUCGGCAGUCCGUUGUUAGGUAUUUUUACUCUUGGCAUGGGCACGGAAUCGGCGACGGAAGUUGGUGCGAUAGUUGGUGCUCUCACGUCAUUUUCAUUUCUAUGCUGGAUCACAUUUGGUCAUCCACGUCCUAAACCACCUAAAUUGCCAAUUACUAUCGAAGGCUGUGAUAAGAAUAGUACAAAUAUAACGAUGUCCAUUGUGCAGAACGUCAUGAAUUUUUCCAAGAGCAAUAGCGACAGCUCGUACUUCUAUUUGUAUCGCAUUUCGUACAUGUGGUAUUCCCUUCUCGGAUUCUUAAUAACGUUCUUAAUUGGACUACUCAUCAGCAAUCUAUCUCGUUUAUUCAUCCGGAAUGAAAACAGCGAAUUAGACACUGAUUUAUUCUUUCCCGUGAUAGCGCGGCGUAUACGUUAUAGGCGAUUUUGUAAUAAUACAAAAAAUGAAGAAAAUCUUCCAUUAAAUAGAAGAUAUUCUCUCAGCGACGUAAUUCACGAAAAAGACGAUGCUGUCCAUAAAAUUUGUACAAAAUCCUAAUAGUUUGAUUGUAAUCUUAAAUAGGUGUUGACACAUUUCGUACGUUAGACUUCCGUACAAUCAAAGAAAAGAAUGACCCCGAUGAUGCAAUCGAUUAAAUCUAUACAAAAUUAUGAUAGUUUAAAUGUAACUUAAUAUAUACUA